CCAUAUCGCGAAGUAAGAUUUAAGAUCUACGAGGAUGCAAAUUUGAAAAUGAAUUGUAUCGCAAAUUGCUUUCAUAGAAGCGCUCUUUGUUUUUUCUUUCUUUCAUUUAACUUCUCAAUUGAACUUUUGAUCUAACAAAUUUCUUCUCUUAUCUUUUACUUUUUCAGGAUUCUAGAAACACCUACAAACAUCGUAACUACUUGAAUAAUCGUGGGAUCCCUUGCAGUGCAUACCAUAAAUAGUAUACUGUAUCAUUAUAUAUACAUACAUAUAUACAUACGUGUAUGUACAUAACCAAAGGAACACAGAAUGCGAGGGCGUUAGAUUAGUAAUCACAGUGAAGCGUUGCCGGUAGACGCGCACGAUUACUAGUACGACUCGACUUCGUGGUUGAGUCUCGGUCUCGACGAGUAACUCGCAUUAACUGCUCUGAUACGAGAUCCCGAGACUAACCACCAACUACGAACAAUCUAGCCAUCAACCUUAAACGGAAUAUAUUUACGCUUGAAACGUAAUUAAACGAUGAUGCAUCCAUCUUUUAACCAUUAUUGCAUCAAGAGAGAGAGAGAGAGAGAGAGUUAUCAGAGGGUAGAGUCUUUGAGCUACAUUUUCAAGGAUUUCUACGUUGUCAAGAGCCCGCACUUUGCCUUACUCUCGUUAUCAUUAUCAUCACGAUGAACAUGCAUCAACGAGUUUGAUCUCACGGCCUUGACAAAAUUAUUGUCGUUAUGAUUGAACUAAUAUUUUGAAACGUCAUAAUCAGGUUUAGAUCGAACGAUGACGACGUGUGAGCAAUUACGAGGAACGAGGAAGACGUGUAGGUGAAUAUUCGUGAUAAGAGAAAUCGUAGAACGACCGAAGGAAGGAAGGAAGAAAGAAAAAAAGAAGAUACUCGAUAUAAAAGUAAAACCGGUAAAAGUGAUCUAAUAGAGAAGAGAGAAGAAAGGAAAAAAAGAAGGCAGACAUUACGGUUUCGAAAGUGUCAACUACUGUUGGAAAACAUCGUUCUCCUCUUCUUCUUAUUCCUCGUAUUCUUCUAGAAAUCAACACGAAAACUCGAGAUGUGGCAUAAUCUGACGUGCGUCGACGAUUUUCUAAACCGUGCCUUUCACAAGGUCGGUCUCGUGGUCGGCCAUCAUCCUGGUUAUUUUGUCAUCGUACCAACCCUCUUGGCCUGCAUUUGCUUCACCGGAUAUCAAAGGAUACACUACGAGAUCGACCCGGAAUAUCUCUUCUCUCCGGUAGACGGUCCUGGCAAGACAGAGCGAGCUAUAGUAGAACAAUAUUUCAAAGUCAAUUAUAGUCAUCAGUUUAACGUCGGUCGUAUCACCAGGCCAGGUCGAUUCGGCCAUGUAAUAAUUAUUCCGAAAGACGGCGAUCCGAAUAUGCUGCGAAGCGUGAUUUGGAAUGAAUUGCGAGAGUUGGAUCGAAUAAUACGAGAAGUUAAAGUUAAAUACGAGGAUGAAAUAUUCACCUACGAAGAAAUUUGUGCACGUUGGCUCGACGAAUGUUUUAAUAACGACAUUCUCAAUCUUCAUCACGUGAUAGAGGACGUAGAAAAUAGGGAGCUCAACCUGACGUUUCCGGUGAUGUUCAAUCCUGUGACAUGGGACGCCCAUCUAUUUCCCGUUUUCUUUGGUGGUAGUGUCAUCAGCGAAGAUCUAACGAUCGAGUCGGUGCCUUCGGUCCAGCUCGCCUACUUCAUCACCGUCGACAACCCACGGCAAGAUGCUAUUGGCGCCGCCUGGGAGGAAGCCUUUUUAAACAUAGUUGGCGAGGCUGAGGAUAGCGGUAUUUUCAAACAUAUAAGUACCGCGCGAUUUGCCUCGAGGACAUUGGAAUUAGAGUUGGAGGCAAAUACGAAAACAAUUGUCCCGUAUUUCUCGAGCACGUUCGCAGUGAUGGGCAUCUUUUCCGUGGUGACCUGCAUGAUGACCGACUGGGUACGAAGCAAACCUUGGCUUGGCCUUCUUGGGAACGUGUCCGCCGGUAUGGCGACCGUUGCCGCUUUUGGACUUUGCAUGUACCUAGGAGUCGAUUUCAUCGGUCUCAAUCUUGCUGCGCCCUUUUUAAUGAUUGGUAUUGGAAUCGAUGAUACAUUUGUAAUGUUGGCUGCCUGGAGACGAACGUGUAUUACCAAACCCGUACCUGAGAGAAUGGCUCAAACCUUGAGCGAGGCUGCUGUGUCGAUCACGAUCACGUCUUUGACCGAUAUGAUAUCGUUCUUCAUUGGUAUUUUAUCGCCAUUUCCUUCGGUACAAAUAUUCUGCAUUUAUUCAGGUUUCGCCGUAGUAUUCACCUUCCUCUUUCAUUUAACCUUCUUUUCUGGAUGCGUUGCCAUAAGCGGUUAUUGCGAGCAAAAGAAUCUUCACAGCGUCGUUUGUUGCAAAGUACAGCCGCUUUCGAAAUCAUCUCAUCGAUCUUGGCUUUAUCGACUGUUCUGUACCGGAGGGGUCGAUCCUGACGAUCCAAAGAAUCCAAUUGACAAUCCUGAACACGGAUGCAUGACCUGGUUCCGGGACUAUCUGGCUGCAGCUUUGAAUUGUCGUCCUGUCAAGGCCAUUAUCAUAUUCAUCUUCAUAUGUUAUUUACUCGGUGCUUUAUACGGACUGACUACACUCCAGGAAGGAUUGGAUCGACGAAAGCUUUCCAAGGAAGAUUCUUACUCGAUUGCCUUCUACGAUCGCGAAGACUUUUACUUCCGUGAAUUUCCUUAUAGAAUACAGGUGGUCGUGUCCGGCGAGUACGACUAUAGCGAUCCAGAGAUACAGCAGCAAAUGGAGAACCUCACGAGAUCCCUCGAGGCUAGUUCGUACAUAAGCGCACCGAUCUACACGGAAAGCUGGUUGCGCAGCUUCCUAAGUUACGUAUCGCGAAACGAGGACUACCUAAAUGUGACCAUCAAAGACGAGGGUAGCUUUAUCAAGGCGUUAAAAGAGAUAUGGCUAUAUUCCACCAGUACGUUUUCACUCGACGUUAAAUUCGACGAUAACGACGAACACAUAGUCGCAAGUAGAUUUUUGAUACAGGCAGUAAACGUAAGCGGUACGAAUCAGGAAAAAGAGAUGGUCAAAGAGUUACGAAAGAUAUGCAAGGAUUCCUCGUUAAACGCGAGCGUAUUUCACCCGUAUUUCGUAUUUUUCGAUCAAUUCGAAUUGGUCAGGCCUACCAGUAUACAGUGUAUGAUAUUUGGCGCAUUGGUGAUGAUGCUUAUCAGUUUUAUCUUCAUACCUAAUGUAUUGUGUUGUCUUUGGGUUGCAUUUUGUAUCGUUUCGAUCGAGCUCGGGGUGGCCGGUUACAUGGCCCUGUGGAACGUCAAUCUCGACAGCAUUUCUAUGAUAAAUCUGAUAAUGUGUAUCGGAUUCAGCGUAGACUUCACGGCUCACAUAUGUUACGCCUAUAUGAGCUCGAAGAAAGUCACGCCUGAGGAUAGGGUUAAAGAAAGUUUGUACAGUUUGGGCUUGCCGAUUGUACAAGGUGCGGCAUCGACUAUACUCGGUCUAGUCGCAUUGUUAUUAGCCGGGACAUAUAUAUUCUUGGUAUUCUUCAAAAUGGUAUUUUUGGUUAUAUUCAUCGGUGCCAUGCACGGUCUAUUUCUCUUGCCGGUAUUAUUGUCCAUAUUUGGUCCAGGCUCUUGUACAAGUUCGAAUAGGAACGACGAUGAAGAAAACGAUAAGGUGGACAAGGUAACGAGGAACGGUAUAAUCGAGAAAGAGUUGAUCGAUAAACUUAAACAACCUUUCGUUAUACCUCACCCUACGUUGUCGUACUAUCAUCACACAGGCAUGAUCAAAUCUCUUCAACCGAGUCCGUCUACGAGUUUGGCAGCAUUCGAGGAACGCGAUCCGGGAUUGGGUACUAGCGAGGAUAGCAAUUCCACUGAGAGUGGUUCCUCGCAAAGUAGAAGACGUCAGCGUGAAUUGGACGAGGAAAAGCGGAAACAUCAACAAGAGCUUUGUAGAAGAUCCAUUGGCGUUCUUUACGGUGUAUCACAGUUUCAACCGACGAUAGGAGCCAGUGGGUCUGUAGGAGGAGGAGGAGGUGGAGGAGGAGGAGGAGGAGGAGGAGGACAUCAACAAACGCAGCCUGCGCCCGAUUAUCCAGGCGCGAUAAAACAAGAUCAUCAUUCGCCAAGAGAUACUCGUUCUACGGAUCAACGUAUAUUCCGCACAGUACCGUACCUAGGACCGCAUUUGGGAUAUCGAAUGCCCAAUCAAAUUCACAGAGACUAUAGACGUAGCCGAUCUCAUCAUAAUCUUCACAAUCUUCAUAACACGUCCUCGAGGUAUCUCACGGAUCCACGUUAUCCAUAAGCCUAAAAUAAAGUAAUGUUAAUUAUUCGAUAUCGUUAAGGAAGGGAUCGAAAGAUGAUACGUAUGGAAGAUAUAAAAGAGGAAGCCCGGCGGGCUUGCGGUUAGUUAGUUACUUGAUUGGUUGGUCGGUCGCUUGGUUUGUUGGUUGGUUGGUUGGUUGGUUGGUUGGUUGGUUGGUUGGUUGGUUGGUUAGUUGCUUCCUUGCUUGCUUGCUUGCGUGGAGAAGAAGGGGUGGGGUGAUGGUGAGGGAUGUAAAUAUAUAAAAUCGUCCCGUUAAAUACGUAAAUACAUUUAAUACGUAAAAAGAGGCAUUCGGUCGGAAUUCGGUCCGGUCGUUGACUUUUCUCGAUCCUCGGUCGUCAUACAACUUUUCUUCGCUAGUGAGAGGUAACGUGCUCCGAGGAGAAUUGCGUCCGUUCGAAGAUUUGCAAAGACGAAAGUGGCCUUCCUGAAUAAAACGUCGUUCUAGAGAGAG